UGACUUUGAUCUCCCAUAGCAACUAGUAGACACAUAGCAAGUGCCCGGAACGUAACAUAGUAAACAGAAUUAAGACUCCAAAUCUCAGCAAUGUAUAACAAUACUGCAAUUAGCAGGUGGAAGAUCCCUGAGAGGUUUCUAAAAGAUUCUGACUCUGCUUCAGUUCUUCUAGGUGUCAGAAGACGUCAAAAUAAACUGGGGAAUAAAUCAAUUAACUCUUUGUUUCAAGAUGACAACAGAGAGACUUUAUACAGGAAAAGUCUUCUUUCGGGAUUACAAACAGUCUCCAGACAGGAUCCUGGAAAGAUAGUAUCUGUUGUAAAUGCUGAAGUGGAGUGGCGUGAAGGCAAGAAAUGGACCCUUGAGAAUAGAAAGCAAUCUGCGGAAGACGAGUGUAGCAGAAAGGAAAACAUCAAAGAAUGCUAUUUGGAGCCAAAAGAAAAAAGCAGAUUGGAGAAAGAUGUGAAAGAAUGGAGCUCAAAGCAAAGCAAAUUUCAGAAAGGGUUUCCAGAUAUUCUGCACUCCAGUAGUAAUUCAGAUUCUGGGUUAUUGCUGAAGUAUCAAUCAGCUGAAAAAAUGAAGGAAGAAAAAACAGAGCUGCCUAUAUCUGAAACAGGGAAGCAUGGAAAAGAAGUUGGGAUGCUUUCAGAAAGAUCAAAAAUGGGACAGAUUCUACAGCUCCCGCCAUUGCCCCUCAAAAGUGAGGGCAAACCAGUUCAAACUGCACGUCAUUUUCAUCUUCGCCUUUUGACUCCAACAACAAGAGCAAACAAGAUACUGUUCCAGACGUGGCAUGGAAGACCCACUUAUCAUGACUACUACACUUCAUAUAUUGGAUCAUUUUUCUUCAAUUCCCACCGAAGUCUUCCUCGUGAAUAUGUAAUCCAUCCAGACUGGGGUUAACAUAACAAAAAGCUUCUGUGUUUUAAUUUUCUUUUCGCAAUUAAAAAAAAACAUUACAAAUCA